ACGCGUCGUUGCAUUCGUUUACAAAGAAGAGGAAGAGAGACAUUACAUUCAAGCGCACAGGUCAAUGUUAUGUACACAAAUAAUGGGAUUACAUUUAUCCAGCAUUAUUAUAGAGCCCUCAAACCCUUUCGAUACUUUCUAUUAACCGCUAUAUUUGUGUUUUGAGGCUUCUAUGCAGAAACGCGUUUAUAAUCUCUGUUUCCAGCAUAUAAAGUAGGUCAUCGCUGUUGGCAUGUUUCUGGUGGGGUUAACCGGAGGCAUGGCCUCAGGGAAGAGCACAGUGUCUUCUCAGCUGAAAGAACUGGGCUGUCCCGUCAUCGAUGCAGAUGUGGUGGCCCGGAAAGUGGUGGAGCCCCAAAGCCCAGCGUACAGACUGAUCGUGCAGCAUUUUGGACGUGAAAUUUUGUUUGACAAUGGCGAGAUUGACAGACAGAAACUGGGGCAGAUCAUCUUCUCCAGCCCCGAGAAACGAAAACUUCUCAACUCCGUCACGCACCCAGAAAUACAUAAAGAAAUGUUCAAACAAAUACUGAUGUACUUCCUUAAAGGCUACAGAUAUGUGAUUUUGGAUGUGCCGCUGCUUUUCGAAACACGACGUCUCACCCGUUUCCUAACCCACACUGUUGUCGUAUACUGUGACCCGGCGACGCAGCUGUCCCGUCUCAUGCAGAGGGACGGUUUGAGUCAGGAGGAGGCCGAACAGAGGAUCAGCGCUCAGAUGCCCCUCAAAGAGAAGCGUGGACUCGCCAGUCAUGUGAUCGAGAACUCGGGCUCUCGCGAGGACACUCAAAGACAGGUGCUGCGGCUGCACACCAAGCUCGAGGACUCCAUGGAGUUCCUGGUCGUCAGGGCCGUCGCCGUGGCAGCCGUCGCCGGGCUCGGCGGUCUGUUUUUAUGUACAGUCAGACUGCUGGUCUCUUAGCAAACGUACAGAAGUGCUUCCAAUGGGUCUUAAAGGGAUAGUGCACCCAAAAAUCAACAUUCUGUCAACAUUUACUCAUUAUAUGUGGUUUUCUUUCUUCUGUGGAAUACAUUUUGACCGUGAACAACAUUGGAAACCAUUAACUCUCAGUGUGUGGACAGAAAAAUCCCAAAAUAUUUAUUUUUAAUGUUCCACAGAAGAAAGUAAAGUCAUAUAGGUUUGUAACAAUGUGAAUAAAUGAUGACAGAAUUUAAAUUUUUCAGUAAAAAAAACAAUGAAGAAUAUGAUUUUGAUAUUCUGACCUCACCACCGUCAGCCUGAGCUACAUAAAAGGCCACAUUUACGGUUAUUUGAUUGCACAGGCUGCGUAACUCUAUAAUCAACACAAUGAUUGUGAUAUUAGUUCUAAAUGUAACAUACUGUAUGAAACAGAACUGUGACAACAGUGCUACUUUCUUAGCUCGACACACGUUUGUUUAAUUAUGAAUUCACGCAUACAUGAAAUAGACCGAAUGUAUUGAUAUCUUCUGCUGCUCUUUGUUAAUAUCAGAUGUUUUCAUCUAUAUCUGAAUUUACUAAAUGUCACAACUUGAUCUGUUGCAAUAAAUUAAUUCUUUGUGAUGCUAAAUGACUCA